CAAAAAUGAUCACGCAUGUUACAUUUAGUUGCUUUGAUUAUGUUACCCAAAUAUGAAACUUUAUUUGGAUGAAAGGAACAGAACUUGAACAGUUUAAACGGAACAUAAAAAUAGUUAAUAUAGUUACAUAAUCGUUGGUAUUCUGACUGCGAUCAAAUAGAUCAUCAGAAGGCUCUGUAGACCAAGCAAUGUUUGUCAAUAUUCAGUAAUGGCUCUGGGAAAAGAAUUAGUUACUUACGAAAUUUCCGGUAAUCUUCGACUACAACAUGAGGGGCUAGCGGUAGUUAAAGCAAUACCUGGUGAUUUUGGCAUAAAAGUGAUUGCUGCAGUUGGACCAGGGCGGAUAGGGAAAUCAUCACUCUUGAAUCAAUUAAGCAGAAAAGAUUCAUUUGGUGUGGGAUCCACAACAAGAAGGGUUACAAAAGGAAUAUGGAUAGACGUGAUACUGGAUUAUGCAACGAGAAUUGCAACCGUUUUCAUUGACGUUGAGGGAUUUGGUGAUCCUGAUAGGGAUGAUGCCAGUGCUAGUGACUCUCGUCUGAUGUUUAUUGUAUGUCAAAUGUGUGAUGUUGUUAUUUACAAUACAAAAGGAGUGUAUGACACCGAUUUAGUAAGAAAACUAGAGUAUCCUUUUGGUUACAAAUACUUGAUGGUUUGA